AAAAGAUAGAAACAAUAAUAGAAAAUCACGACACACGGUCCAAGCAGCAGAGCCUUUAACCUCUAGAGUUUGUGAAGAUCCUAGAAGCAGGAUCUAAAAGCAGUCCUGGUGUAAAACUUUACUAGGGUGGUCAAAACGGAAGGUGGAUUGAGAAGGGAUAAGUUUUAUAUAAUACUUUGUUUACCUUGCUGCCGGUGUGGGUUGAAACGAAAAACAGUUUAAAAAAACCACCGAAAUGCCCAAAUCAACUACUAUCGGCAGUUUUUACAUAAAAACAGCAACUGCAGACAUGAAGGAAUGGCCACGGGAUGCGGUGCUCUACCAACCGUACGAAGAGGAACAGAUUCUGCUCGCAGAGAACGCUAGCUGCCUGGCGGUGCGAACGUACCUGAAGAUGCUCGAUCUUCCCGUGGUGGUCGAACAACGGGCGAAUGCGGAAUUCAUCUCGCCCGGUGGCAAACGAACGAAGCUUCCGGUGCUACGGGUAGAAAACUUCCUCUACGCCGAGUUCGACCACAUCGUCACGUUCAUCGAUGACCAUUUCAACAAGUCGCUCAAGUCACACUUGUCGCAGGACCAGAAAGACCAACUUCGGUCUUCGCUCUGCUUGGCGGAGAACAUUUUCACCGUUGCCGAGCAGUACAUCAGUUGGGUAGACGAGGAAGUGCGCGAUACGAUCACGAAGAAGCGAAACGGAUGCGUGUAUCCAUUCCCGCUGAAUCAUGUGCAGAACUUUCGCAAAGAGGCUUCGGUCAAGCGCCAGCUUCGCUUGGCGGACCGGCUGAACGUGAGCCUGGAUAAGGUGAUCGCCGAUGUGGACACACUGUGUCAGAAUCUUAGCACCGAGUUAGGCCAGCAGCAGUAUUUCUUUGGCGAACAGCCGACAGAAUUGGAUGCACUCGUCUUUGGCCAUCUGUUCAGUAUCUUCACGAUGAAGCUGCCGAACAAUGUGCUCGCGCUGACGAUCAACAAGUACAGCAAUUUGAAUCAGUUCUGUCGCAACAUCGAUCAUACAUACUUUUCACCGAGAGAGCAAGUUCGACGACUAAACUAGACGUUGAAAAUUGUCCACUGAUUAUUCUUAUUACAUGUUAACCCCAUUGUAUGUGAAGCAUUUGUAGGAGAAAUAAAUCCAGAAAUUUCAUUUGCAGUGUUAAACAAAAGCAUGUAUCUAAUAUUGUAUGUUGUUUUACACUAAAAGUACAGGCACGAAUGGCUAGAGAGUUAUGAGACGAUUUAAAAAUAAG